GGACUGCGUUUCCGCGGCACCGCGGGCGGGGUCUGGCAGGCGGUGGCGCUGGCUGCGCGGGGAUCGGCUGAAGCGGCCCGGGCGGCCCGAGGGCUCUGUGCGGUGCGGUGGGGGCCUGCCGGACCAUGCUGAGCGGAGCGUGCGGCUGGCUCGCCUCAGCGCUGCGGGGUCCACGCGUACCGCCGUUCGCGGUUGCCGGGAGGUGCCUGCACGCGGCGGGGUCACGGCGGUCCGCGGACAAGAGCGAGAGGACCGGGGACCCGCCCCGCGCCUUCGACCCCGCGCUGCUCGAGUUCCUGGUGUGCCCGCUCUCCAAGAAGCCGCUCAGAUAUGAAGCAUCGACAAAUGAAUUGAUUAAUGAAGAGCUGGGAAUAGCCUAUCCAAUUAUUGAUGGGAUUCCUAAUAUGAUACCACAGGCAGCUAGGAUGACACAUCAAAAUAAGAAGCAAGAAGAAAUGGAGCAGCACUAGAUCAUAAUUAAAAACAGCAACACACAACUAAAUUU